AGCACGCACUGGGCUCCCUGAAGCUGCACGGCAAGAGCGAGGAAAUGAAGGCGACGGAAUCGUCCGCAGAGGAGAGUCGCCACCCGCAGGCGGCGGCGGGGGCGGCAGGAGGAGGGGAGCCGAAGAGACCGCCGCCCCCUCCCCCGCUCCCACCCCCCACGCCCACGCCGCCCCCUCCUCCCCCCCCUCCCCCCCCGGCUCUGGACCAGACCGAAUGUAGUAAAGCCGCGGUGGGCAGCCGGAACGCCGACGCCAAGGAGCAGGCGAAUGGCGAGGCGUCGUACGUGGAGAAAUCGGCCGCCCUGAAGAGCGCCUGCCCCGCGCCCAAGUUCUCCAGAACCAAGUUUAGGAAGCAGAUGCUUGGCAACGGGAUGGUAAUGAACAGAGAUCUGAUCCAGCUCAAAGCUGGUCUCGCUGCAGCUGCUGCUGCCGCCGCCGCCGCCAGCUCGGUGAAAGAGCACUUGAGCCACCCAGGCUACGCCGACUACAAGCACGUGAACCCGGCAGAGCUGGAAGCCGCGCCGUGCGGGAGGGACGGUAAAGCCUGCGGCAAGUCUGGUUUGACCCCGAUGACCAAGGAGGCUCUGCUGGAGAAAGCCUCGGCAAGGCACGACUCCCCGGUGGGUGACGGGGCGCCGUGCAAGGGUGGGAUCCCGCCGCGUCUCGAGCAGCAGCCUGCCGCGGACAAGGCAGAGCACGCCAUCCCCAAGCUCGACAAGCAGCCGUCGACAAAUUGCACUUCCGCUGACCACCGGACCGCGCCCAGCGCUGACAUCUACGGGAGGAGGUCGGCCGGUGCCGACGGGCCCAUCACCGUGCCCUCGCCAGCGGCCCCGGCACUUUCUCUGAACAGGAUCGCCGCUUUCCCCCCUCCUCUCCCCCCCCAGCCCGCCUGCGCCCAGGCGGAGACCGAUAGGGUGUCGGUGACCCCCGACGCAGACGCCAAGCCGGCGGUGGCGAGCCAGCCCCUCCCCCUCCACUUCAGCUUCAAGCUCCACCCCCACAACUUCCGCAUGGACUCGGCGCCCGCCAAGAGCGGCCUGCACCCGCCGCGCCUGCACAGCGUGAAGGCUUUCGCACAGCUGGCCGAGAGGAGCCGGGACCUGCCCUGCUCCGCCGCGCACAAGAUGGACGUCGGCGCGGUGGCCAGCUUUAAAAGCCUCCUGAACAGCAAGCCCACCCUCAAGCCCAGCGUGCUGAAAAUGGCACACCAGCUGCAGAGAACCUACCACAGCUGCUCCCUCCCCAGUCCCCAGACCCUCCAGCCAAAGCUCGUCAACAAGAGGAAGGGGAAGAGCCCCCGCAUGAAAGUGGUGGUCAGCAGUACCGCCGGUGCUUUUGGCGAGCGUUUGGCUUCACCGGUAGCGACGCCGGGACUGCUGAAGCCUGCCACGUACAGACCCGAGCAAAAAAUCCACUCCGACCACCCUCCGAUGAUGAGGAGCCCGGGGUUUCCAUCGAUGUUCAGUGAGUCUAAAAUCAUCAAGGCCCGCCUGCCAAAGUUGACCAAGGCCUGUAUCUCCCCGCCUCUGCCUCAGAAGCCCGAGGGGCCGAGGCAUUUCGUAUCCCCCCAGGGCCACCACGAAGAGAGGGUCUCUAAAAAUAGUCUGCAAGACCCUCCGCUGUUAAGUGGGGUUUUAAACGUUCACAAGCCUAAAAAAGCCCGAGCCAAGCUCGACCCCAUGCCUCAACUGGAGCAGCCACCACACAGGACAUUAAAGAUCCCCCCUUCCAAAGUGCUCUCCAUGAUGUCGAAGAACAAGGAGUUUGUCGGAGAGAAGGACCCCCCGAUACUGCAGCCGGAAACCCAGAUCGUGCCCGGCAAGGUGUUUGUCACCUCCCUGCCCGGCAAGCGUAGACGGGGGCGGCCAAAGAAGCAGCUGCAACAGCAGCAGCUGACGAUGAUGACGCCCGCCGCCAAGCCCAUGGUUCCAGCCGCCGCUGAUCGCGUGGGCGACCCGGAGGAGGAAGCCACGCACCACCGGGGCCUCGAACCGAGCGAGAUGAAGGCCAAGCCGACGGAAUACCCGCAGAAACCGACCGCCGGUGACGACUACCAAACGGCGGGCGAGGCGGACCCAAAAUCGUCCAAGAAGGGGAAGAGGCAACUGAUGAAAACGCUUCUGGAUAAGAAAUUCAUCAAAAAGAUCAACAAGAUGAAGACGCUGAAACGGAAAAAGCUGUUGAACCAAAUCCUCUUGAGUGCCGGCGGGUCUAGUGGUAAAGGGAAAGUGCAAUCUAAGAUGAGUAGUACCAUCUCCACCUUCACAGCCACCUUCGGCUCCAAGGUGGGUCAACAAAUCAACGUCAGCAAAAAAGGAACUAUUUACAUAGGAAAGAAAAGGGGCAGGAAGCCCAAGAUGUCAUUGGAUGGUCCGUACAUCAGUAGCAUGCUGUCGAUGGAUAGCAAGCCGUUGCCACCGGCAUUCACCACAACACUAGGGCAGAUGCCGCCAAACUUCACCCAGUCGGCAGUGCCGGAUGUGCUGCCGUCGCCAACCUACUCCCAGUCGUCGGGGGUGAGCGGAAGCCAGAGCCCGGCCAGCAGCGACGCGGGCUUCAUCGAGCCCACCCCGGUGCUGAACCUGCACCCGCACGGCAGCAAGGGCAGCGGCGCCCCACAGACCCUGGCCGGCCGCAAGGCCUCCAAGGGGCGGCGCAAGCUCUCGCCGCCGACGCUGCUGCCCAACUCGCCGUCCCACCUGUGCGAGCUGACGUCGCUGAAGGAGGCCACCCCCUCGCCCAUCAGCGAGUCGCACAGCGAGGAGACGAUCCCCAGCGACAGCGGCAUCGGCACGGACAACAACAGCACCUCGGACCGGGCCGAGAAGUUCUGCGGCCCCAGGAAGCGGCGGUACUCCUUCGACCACGUCUCGGUCAUGCCCGCCGAGAGCGCGGCCGUCCUCUCCAGCCUGAAGGAGAAGCACAAGCACAAGUGCAAGCGCCGGGCCCACGACUACCUGAGCUACGACAAGCUGAAGCGGCAGAAGCGGAAGCGGAAGAAGAAGUACUUGCAGCUGCGGAACAAGCAGGACCCCAACUUUCUGGCUGAGUUGGAGGAGCUGAUCACCAGGCUGAGCGAGCUGAGAAUAACCCACAGAAGCCAUCACUACAUCCCCAGAGACAUCCUCCCUUCCAUCUUUCGCAUCAACUUUGGCAGCUUCUACACGCACCCACCCUUCCCCUUCGACCCUAUGCACUAUGUCCGCAAGCCCGAACUGAAGAAGAAGAGGGGGCGCCCGCCGAAAAUGCGGGAGGCCAUGACUGAAGUCCCCUUUGUCCACGGCCUGAGUUUCCCCCUUGCCAACGGAGGCUUCUUCCCCUCCUACAGUAUGCCUUACUCUCCGACUGCAGUCUCCGCCGGCCCGCUGGGUUUGGGCUAUUAUGCCCGGUACCCUCCGACGCUGUACCCGCCGCCCCCUCCCCCUCCACCCCCCUCCCUGAGCGGCACCAUGCCCCCUCCCUCCUACAUGCACGCCGGCCACCUGCUGCUCAACCCCAACAAGUACCACAAGAAGAAACACAGACUCCUGCGGCCGGAGGCCUUCCUGGCGGGCAGCCGAACCUCGCUGCUGUCCAUGGGCACGUACGCCAGCAUCCCGGCCGAGAUGGCCUACAGCUGGAUGCACGAGCACAAGCACAAGCACCGGCACAAGCACCGGGAGCACCGCUCGUCCGAGCAGGGCCCGCCGGGCUCCGUGGACGGCCUGGCGGUCGGCCCCUCGCUGCUGCGGCGCUACGCCUACGGGAAGGCGUCCGACAUGUCCGACAGGCACAAACACAAGGACAAGCACCGCUGCCACAUGCCCUUCACCCACCUGGCCUCGUCCAAGGGGCUGCUGGGCCGGGGGGACCAGUGGGCUCGGCGGGACUCCACGGAGCACGGCUCCAUCUCGGUGGGGCUGCAGACUCCGCUCCAGAUAGACUGCGCCGAGGGCUCGGCCGCCUCCUGCGUGGCCCGCUACCUGUCCGGCUCGGAGGCCAGCGUCGGCGAGGAGCACACCAAUCUGUUUACAAGUGCAAUAGGAAGCUACAAGCCCAGCAAACCUUCCAGCGGUGCGGGCCGCAAGAAGCUGCCCGACGGCCCCGACCUUCUCGCCGCGCAGGAUAGUUUGCCGAGCAGGUUACUAAGGUGGGAGCGGCCCUCUCCCGGAGAAAGAACAGCCCUGACUGCAGCAGGUAGGAAUGACUGGAUGGGGAACAUCUGAAUAAUGUACUG